GUGGUGCUGCUGUUUGGGAUGCUGUAUCCUGCUUACGCUUCCUACAAGGCUGUGAAAACCAAGAACAUUCGGGAAUAUGUUCGGUGGAUGAUGUACUGGAUCGUCUUUGCGAUCUUCAUGGCUGCGGAGACCUUCACAGACAUCUUUAUCUCCUGGUUCCCUUUCUAUUAUGAGAUCAAGAUGGCCUUUGUGCUGUGGCUUCUCUCACCCUAUACCAAGGGGGCCAGCCUGCUCUACCGGAAGUUUGUCCACCCAUCCCUGUCCCGCCAUGAGAAGGAAAUUGACAUGUACAUCGUGCAGGCCAAGGAGCGCAGCUACGAGACGAUGCUCAGUUUUGGGAAGCGGGGCCUCAACAUUGCUGCCUCUGCUGCCGUGCAGGCUGCCACUAAGAGUCAAGGUGCCCUGGCUGGCAGGCUGCGGAGCUUCUCCAUGCAAGACCUGCGCUCCAUCCCUGACACCUCUGCCCCUGCCUACCAGGACCCCCUCUAUCUGGAAGACCAGUUGCCCCACAGGAGGCCGCCCAUUGGGUACCAGGCAGGGGGCCUGCAGGACAGUGACACAGAGGACGGGUGCUGGUCAGACACUGAGGCAGUCCCCCAGCCACCCGUCCGGCUCCGAGAGAAACCCCUGAACCGCAGCCAGAGCCUGCGUGUGGUCAAGAGGAAGCCACCAGUACGAGAGGUCAGCAGGAGGUGGGCUGUGCCCAUUGCGCCUGCGCACACCAUUCAUCACUUACAGUAUACCUGCUCUCUCCCCCCCAGGGCACCUCACGCUCCCUGAAGGCUCGGAGUCGGAAAAAGACCAUACUCUCAGACAUGGACAGCUAGGUUCUGCAGAGUAGGCUCUCUUACCUUGUGCCUGCAGGGUGCCAGUGACAAUCAUCAGGAGACCUUUGGCCUCCCUGUACCAGGUGCCUAGGCUCCACCCCCUCCCGACUCCCACUUAAGGACCAAGAUAGCUGCUGCCCGGCCUGUGUGGAGAUGCACCCACAGUGCAUCAAAACAGGCCAGGCCCAGUGUCCUAUCUAUUGCCUUCCUCAGCCCUCUGCCUUCCCAGAUGUGGGUCCAGAGGCCCUGAAUACCUACACAUGAAACCAAAAGUCUGCCCAGCUGUGACCAUUCCCUCCUGCCCUUCAAAGUACUUGACAGCCUUUUCUAAGGCCUGGUGUGCGUGUCUGGGUGUGUGUUUUGUGUUAAUGAAUGAGGUCAGGCUUGUGAACAUUUUGAUAAAUAAAUCCCUAAUGGUGUUUGC